UUGUACUCUCCGCCAUCAAGACGAUAGACAGCCUAGAACUAUGUCAUCACCUAUCUACAACAUCUAUAGAGUUGAAGAGAAGCUCGGCCUCCAAGACCCGCUGAUGGGACCCGACAUCCGGUAUCACAACUCCCUUUUCAUCGAGACUUUUCCCAAUGGCGGAGGCCGAUUUCUCCAGGUCAUAGGUACCAUCUCAGAUGCGACCGGGAUGACCUUCCAAGAAAGCCAGGGGCCAAGACCAGACGAUUUGGACACUUUUCACCAAAAGCAUUUACUGGGUCAGAUCCGGGCAUCGGAUUCUGCGAGUGUCGUACGGCUGCUAGCAGGAAUUGAUCCACCUCCCCGCCAGAGAUCUUUCAACUACAACACAUUGGCGUGGGAGAAGUGUAAACCGGAUGGAUCGUCUUAUGGAGAGGAAGAGUUGCGGCCGCCAUAUAUGAAGUGUACGGAAUGGAUGCUGCAGAAGGCUAUACCUGCACUACAGCAAUCGGGUAUUUUGCUUGCUCAGGGGGUUACGGCCAAGUAA